UCAACGAUACGCAACAAUCGACGCAAGGUGGCGAGAUUCGAAUCCCGUGUGAGUCCUAUUGACAUGUCCAUUCCUAUGGCAACUUUAAGCAAUGGAAUACAGAUGAACACGCGACCGGAUGAUAUACAGAAUCGCGUAAUCGGCGUGGAAGAAUACGCGCCACCGGAUGAGAGCGUGUGCAAAAGUAUUCUCGUGGCACUAUCUUGGGUUGUCGUGAUUCUAACAAUGCCUUUUUCCCUACUGAUUUGCUUCAAGGUGGUACAGGAGUACGAGAGAGCGGUGAUAUUUCGUCUAGGACGACUUCUUAGCGGUGGUGCUAAAGGACCCGGCAUGUUCUUCAUCCUGCCCUGCAUCGAUAAUUAUGCCCGAGUUGAUCUACGAACGCGAACGUACGACGUACCGCCUCAAGAGGUACUGACGAAAGACAGUGUGACGGUAUCGGUUGACGCAGUGGUAUACUAUCGUGUGAACAAUGCAACCAUUUCGAUUACGAACGUGGAGAACGCGGAUCACAGCACGAAACUGUUGGCUCAAACUACGCUACGGAACACCAUGGGAACUAGACCGCUUCACGAGAUCCUCAGUGAGCGUGAAACGAUCUCCGGAAAUAUGCAGGUCUCGUUGGACGAAGCUACGGAUACAUGGGGAAUAAAAGUGGAACGAGUGGAAAUCAAAGAUGUACGAUUGCCAGUCCAGUUGCAGAGAGCUAUGGCUGCGGAAGCUGAAGCUGCUCGCGAAGCUCGCGCCAAGGUAAUCGCAGCCGAGGGUGAACGAAAAGCCAGUCGUGCGUUGAGGGAAGCGUCGGAGGUAAUCGGAGAUUCUCCUGCAGCGUUGCAGCUUCGCUACUUGCAAACUUUGAACACUAUCUCGGCGGAGAAAAAUUCAACGAUCGUAUUCCCCUUACCGAUCGAUUUGUUGACCUAUUUCAUGAAAGCGAACGUCGCCAAUAAUUCUUAAUACCUCACUACACCUUCUUAUCUAUUCUAUUCUUAUCCUACUGGUAACGGUAAUGAAAUUAUCGAUAUUUCACUAAUUCGAUCACGGAUUUCGGACGUUAAAUAUGAUAAUAAAUAUGACGGCUCGAUUUAACAUUGGCUAAAUAACUGUCCGGCUAAAUAUUAUAUACGAGAAUAGUAUCCCGUUCAAGGAUAGAGCUGAUCGUUGUGGACAUGGAAAAGAUCAGCAAGGCUCGAGGUAAAGAAUAGGCAUAAGAACGAAAUAGAUUCGUCUCCGGAUAAAAAUGA